AUGAGAAUGGCGGGUCAGGGCGAGGCCUGGCGCCGCCCUGCCAUUUUUGGGCAGUGGUUUCCCUGCAUUUUCCGUAAAGGUGCUUCUGACGGGGAGCAGCCUCUUUCGUGGCGCCAGAGUGUCACUCACUUCCUCAAAAGGGCCGAUGUGACCUGGUCUUGCAGGGAGACUAGGCGGGUACUUGACUCUGAAAGCCUAGAGAAAAUGAAGUCAACCUACUGGCUUGCGAGAAUUGUUUUUCUUCGGGCGCUCGCCUUCGUCUAUUCUAUCGCCUUCCUUGUGGCGUUCAACCAGACUCAAGGCCUCAUUGGAUCGGAUGGCAUCCUACCCGCACAGUCCUACGUGGCGAGCGCGAGAGAGGCGUUGGCGGAGGAAAGCUUCUGGGAGAGACUCAAAGCUUUUCCCUCGCUUUUUCUCGUUCUACCCGCCAAUGACUUUUGGAUUCACUGCCUCCCUUUCGUCGGCCUGCUGGUCUCCGUGUGGACGCUGGUGGUGGGGGCGAGCAGCGGCUUCCUCAUGCUUCUGCUUUGGACUCUGUACCAGAGCGUGAACAGCGUCGGGCAAGUAUGGUUCAGCUUCGGCUGGGAGUCGCAGCUGCUCGAGCUCGGUUUCCUCGCCAUCUGGCUCUGUCCGUUCUGGAGUUUUUCGCGGCUGCCUCCGUCCUGGCCUACCCCGAAAGUUUGCAUCUGGGGCAACCGGUGGCUUCUGUUCAGACUCAUGCUCGGCGCGGGCCUCAUCAAGCUCAGAGGGGACGCUGCGUGGCGCGACUUGACAGCGCUGGACUACCACUACGAGACGCAGCCGCUGCCGAGCCCGUUCUCGUGGCUGAUGCACCACCAGUCUCACGGCGCCCACGCCUUUCAGGUGGUCGUGAACCACAUCGUGGAGUGCGUCCUCUGUUUUCUCCUCAUCCUCCCCUUCCGCCAGUGCCGCUUGUUCGGAGGAGUCGUGCAAAUCCUCUUUCAGGCAGCAAUCAUUUUCUCGGGGAACUUUGCCUUCCUCAACCACCUCACGGUUGUGCCAGCCAUCAUGGCCUUCGACGACAACUUCCUCGCCUGCCUCUUCCCCUCGAAAACUCUCGAACGACUCCCCCCCCUCCUGCAGGGGUGCUCGGGGAGCUGGUCGCUGCCGAAAACGCAGGCCUGGCCUCUUGACGCCCUCGGAGACUCCAACGCAAACCAAGCCUGGUCGACUGGAGCGCCUCACGAGACGGCCGGGCUCCUCGAAGAAAAAGGCGGUCGCCCGGAUUGGUCGAUGGACAUUGAUGUGCCGCCCUCUGAGGAGCCGCCAAGAACCUGCUGCUGUUGGUAUUCGCCCAAGAUCAAGCGCGCGUUUCGUUCGUUCGCGCGCGCGGCCUUUCCGCCUCGCGCGAGACUUCAGCUCAGCGAAGACAUCCGACAGGCGUGGGCGAAGAUGCUUGUCGAAGUCGUCGCCGCAUGCGGCUUGUUCACGUUCAUGGCGUUCGCGACGCAGGUCGGCGUCCCGCCGCUGUGGAGCGUCCUGUGCUCAGUCUUCCUGAGUCUGCUCCUUGCAGUCUCUUCAGCUGCGUAUACCAAGACGCUCACCUCUCAGGUCUUUGUGGAGUUGGUGCUGAUUUCUGCCACUCUCUGGAGCGCCAUUUCCCUCUUCCAGCAUGGCCCGUUGGCGCCCUGCCUGUGGCUCGCCAUCUCGCUGUUCACCACCCUUAUCGUCUUCUCCUAUGAGGUUCUUCACAACGCCGCCCUGGUCUACAAGGUUCACGUCGAACUCCUCCUCCUUCUGCUCCUCAUCUCCUUCUCUGUGCCGGUGGUCGCCAACCUCCUCUCGCCAAACCAGAUCAUGAAUGCGAGCCUCAGCAACCCGUUCAAUAUCGUGAACACCUACGGCGCCUUCGGCUCCGUCACGAAGGAACGCUGGGAACUCAUUGUGCAAGGCACCGCCGAUGCGCAGCCUGGCAACUCAAGCGUCUGGGUCGACUACGAGUUCAAAUGCAAGCCCGGCGACGUCAAUCGUCGCCCGUGCCUCAUCUCGCCUUAUCACUACCGCCUAGACUGGCUCAUGUGGUUUGUGCCCAUGGACGACGCCCAGACUGCGCCGAUUCGGCACCCCUGGUUCCCACUCUUCCUCAACAAACUUCUUCAGAAUUCACCGAGCGUGACGAGCCUUAUGGCAGUGAACCCCUUCAGAGGAAAGGGGCCCCCCACAGCCAUCCGAGUGUUAAAAAGACUCUACCGCUUCUCCAAUGAACCGAUGUUCAGUUCCGGCCCGUGGUGGGAGGUCGUCCCGGGGUCAACGGAGGUCUUUGUGUCCCCCAGCGAAGUGCCUGACGCCGAGCGGCAUCUGGAGAAGGUGCUUCUGACGAGGAUGGAGCGCAGGCAGGAAGAGGAAGCCGAGCGCGUCAGGAAGGAGGAAGCUGAGCGCCGAGAAGAAGAGCGGAAGGCGCAGGAGAAGGCCGAAGAAGAGGAGGCUCGGCGCGAAGAAGAGAGAAAGAAGGAGGAAGCGCGAAAGGAGGAGGAGAGAAAGAAGGAGGAGGCGCGGAUGGAGGAGGAGAGAAAGAAAGAGGAGGCGCGGAUGGAGGAGGAGAGGAGAAAAGAAGAGGAAUUGAGAGCAGAGGAGGAAAAACGCGAGAGAGAAGAGCUGGAGAAGCGGGCUCGCGAGGAGGAGGAGGCACGGAAGAAACAAGAGGAGGAAGAGAAGAAACGCCUGGAAGAAGAGCAAAAGCAGGAAAAGCAGAUGGAAAUGGAACUGCAGAAGCGAGAGGCGGAGGAGCGGAAGAAACAAGAGGAGGAACGAAAGAAGGAGGAGGCAGCAGCCAAGGCCAGAGCAGAGGCCGAAGAGGCGAGAAGGAAGAAAGAAGAAGAGGAAGAAAGGAAACGACAGGAACAGGAAGCUGAGAUGCUGCAGAAGGCAGAAGAGGAGGAAAAGAAGAGAAAGGAAGCUCUUCAAAAGGCUGAAGAAGAAGCUGCAAAACGACGUGAAGAGGAGGCAAAGAAGCGAGACGAGGAAGCAGCUAAGCAGGCAGAAGCGAGAGAGGCUUUGCGACUCGCCGAAGAAAAAAAGAGGCAAGAGGAAUUAGAGAAGCGACACGCCGAGGCAGCCAAACGAGCAGAAGAGAGGAAGAAAAUUCAGUCGAUCGCCGAGAGAGAAGCCAACCCGAAACUCGACAGUUCUUUCAACGGAGGUGUGCCGCUCCGCGCGGCAGCCUUCUUCACGAAAUCGAAGGCCGCAAAGAUGCCCCAGCUGUAUGGUGCGGCGCGCAGAAACUAG